UCCUCUCAGCCUCUUCUCAUGCAUCCGGUGUCCACUCUCCCCCUUUGUCCUCAGUCGAACCAUCUUGCAGCCACCCCUACCUCACUGCGGAAAGCAGUCUUUUAAUAAGCCUGGCUGAGUGGGUCUGCCUCAUCACACAGUGGCUCGAGGCUGUUUGUAUUCCAGUAGCGAAUACAUUUAAGGGGAUUGGGCAACAUGCUUUGAUUCCGAGACCAAAAGACGCCUUUUCUCGUCUUUAUUUGCAGGAGAAAGUCGACGGCAACAUACUCGAACUCUCUUUGCCUGAUCAGCGAGCUCAACAACGGCUUAUCCGCCGUAUUCUCCGGCGAGCCGAAGUCAGUCUUUGCUUCAGGUAUGCUGGCAUAUCGGAGACAAGGCUUUUUGGCAUGAGCGGGAGAGCAGAUGAAACUGGCAGUGGGGAAAUUUCUGAGCAAAGCGAAGAAGUAGAUGACGAAGAUGACGAAGACGAAGAAGAUAAUGAAGACGAGGAAGAGCAGGAAGAGGGACAAGAUAUGGAAGAAUAUGUAGAGGCUACCGAAGACGAGGAGGAAGAUGGUGGGGAGUUCCAUUCUACUUUAGAAGAUGCUGUGCAUGAUGUGAUAAGUGAUGUGGAUAGUAUCCACGAGGAAAUGGAGGAGGAUGAGAGUGCUACAGACCAACAACAGACAUUGGGGCCAACAUUCACAAGUGAAACUCUCCCUGAUGAAACUUCUCCUGGACAGGUUGGAUUAACUGGCGAUGCUACAACUGACCAAAGUAUGAAUAUUAUCGGUCCAAGUGAACCUAGUUCGCAUGAGCCAAUUCAUCAAAGUCGGUCUCGAAACGCUUCCUGCUUAUUAGGCACUAGUCGCGUUGGGCGACUACUUCGCGGGCGACUUUUUGCUCAUAGACCCGGUUUAAAUGGUCUUUUUAACUCCUCACAUGCUACCUCGAGUUAUGCCUCCUCAUCAUUGAAUCCUGCUUCAGCCUCCACUUCUGCAUCGACUUCGCUUUCUUCAGUGUCCACUUCUGGAAAACCAAUGCAGUGCUCGCUAGGAUCAGACGGUUCAUCGUCCACUGUACGUACUCGCCAUUGGCCAGCUUCUCUUCGUCGCCAAGCAGGCCGUGUCGGCUGGAACCGUGGACUCAGGGCUCUUUGGCGAGUAGAGCCAGUUGGGACAGGAUCUGGAGCCGGUAACAGUGGACUUCGCUCAGGUGCGAGCGCCUCAUCAGGGUCAACUGCCUCUGGUGGCCGAAACAGUGGAAACCGUAAUUCGCCUUGUCAACCUCUUCCGUUACACCAUCGUUUUAACCAGCCCCAACAG